GCAGGUCAGAGGGGUGCUGCUGUGCAAGCUGGUCAGUCACGCAAAUGUUUCUUUUUGAUGUCGUUGGGCCCCGUUCUGCUCAGAUUUGAGUGGAAAGAUGAACAGCGACAGUGAAGCCUGUCGGUCUGAUGGCCUACAGGCCGCAGCCUCGCAGCCACGUGACUCUCUGAGUGAGACAACCAGAUCCAGACAGGAGCAAGAGGAAAAACUGAUCCUAGCUGCGUGGCGAACCAUGCAGCAGAGCCUGUCUGAGAAGGACCUUGCAGCUCCAGGUCUUCCUCAGUCUUUCCUGGCCAAGCAGAGGCGCUCCACCCAGGCUAGGAGGGCCCGCUCCGCCCUUAUGGAGCCCCGGUAAGAGCCUCUUGAACAGAGACGCCUCUGUGCUAAAGAAGAAGGAGUUUUUGGUGGGCUGUUAUCCCCCCCUGCUGGUGAUGUCAAUCAGAAACAAACUGCCUGUACCCUCAGGUGCCUGGGUCUUUAAAAGUAUACAAAACAGCAUCGCGUGUAAAAAUUAAAAA